AUGGAGUUUGUGCGGGCCUGGCUCGGCCUGGCGCUAGCGCUGGGGCCGAGGCCCGCCGGGGGCCACCCGCACCCGUGCGGCGUCCUGGCGCGCUUGGGGGUCUCGGUGCGCCUGGGCGCCCUCCUGCCCCGCGCGCCCGCCGCCCGCGCCCGCGCCCGCGCCGCCCUGGCCCGGGCCGCCCUGGCGCCGCGGCUGCCUCACAACCUGAGCCUGGAGCUGGCGGCCGCCGCGCCCCCCUCCCGCGACCCCGCCUCGCUGGCCCGCGGCCUAUGCCAGGCGCUGGCGGCACCGGGCGUGGCGGCCGUGCUAGCCUUCCCCGAGGCGCGGCCCGAGCUGCUGCAGUUGCACUUCCUGGCGGCGGCCACCGAGACCCCCGUGCUCAGCGUGCUGCGGCGGGAGGCCCGCGCUCCGCUCGGCUCCCCGAACCCCUUCCACCUGCAGCUGGACUGGGCCAGCCCCCUGGAGACUCUGCUGGACGUGCUGGUGUCAGUGCUGCAGGCGCACAGCCGGGAGGACGUUGGCCUGGUGCUCUGCCGCGUGCGGGACCCUGGCGGCCUUGUGGCCCUGUGGACAAGCUGGGCGGGCCGGGCUCCGAAGCUCGUGCUGGACCUGAGCAGGCUGGACCCGAGCGAUGCAGGGCUGCGGACCCGCCUGGCCCCACUGGAGGAGGCCGCGGGGGGAAUGGCCCCAGUCCCCGUGGCCGUACUCCUGGGUUGCAACGAGGCCGGCGCCUGGCGGGUGCUGCAGGCCGCACCCCCCGGGCCCCGCUGGCUGCUGGGCACGCCGCUGCCCGCCAAGGCACUCCCCACCGAAGGCCUGCCGCCUGGGCUGCUGGCGUUGGGCGAGGUCGCUCGGCCCCCGCUGGAAGCCGCCAUCCACGACGCGGUGGAACUAGUGGCCUGCGCGCUGGACAGUGCGGCCCGCGUGCAGCCGGAGCGUGCCCUCCUCCCCGCCACGAUCAACUGCAAUGACCUGCCGCUGCCCGGGCCCGAGUCCUCCGGCCGCCUCUUGGCACGGUUCCUGGCCAACACGUCCUUCCGGAGCCACACGGCGCCGGUGUGGGUGACCGGCUCCUCGCAGGUGCACAUCUCCCGGCGCUUCCGCGUGUGGAGCCUCCGCCGGGACCCGCGGGGCGCCCCGGCCUGGGCCACGGUGGGCCGGUGGCAGGACGGGCGGCUGGAGUCAGAGGCAGGGGGCGUGGCCGGUUGGCCCCCACCCCCGCCGGAAGCCCGGGCGCCGCCCAAGCUGCGCGUGGUGACGCUGGUGGAGCCCCCGUUCGUGUUCGCCCGCGAGCCGCACGAGGACGGUCGGUGCCCGGCGGGGCAGCUGUGCCUAGACCCCGGCAGCAACGACUCGGCAGCCCUGGACGCGCACUUCGCCGCGCUGGCCGACGGCUCGGCGCCCCACGCACUGCGCAGGUGCUGCUACGGCUACUGCAUCGACCUGCUGGAGCGCCUGGCGGAGGACGCGCCCUUCGACUUCGAGCUGUACAUCGUGGGCGACGGCAAGUACGGUGCGCUGUGCGACGGCCGCUGGACCGGCCUGGUGGGCGGCCUGCUGGCCGGCCGGGCGCACAUGGCUGUCACCAGCUUCCGCAUCAACUCAGCCCGCUCGCAGGUGGUGGACUUCACCAGCCCCUUCUUCUCCACCAGUCUGGGCAUCAUGGUGCGCGCGCGGGACACGGCGUCGCCCAUCGGCGCCUUCACGUGGCCGCUGCACUGGUCCAUGUGGCUGGGCGUCUUCACCGCGCUGCACCUGACUGCGCUCUUCCUCACCCUAUACAAGUGGCGCAGCCCCUUCGGCCUCACGCCCCGCGGCCGCAUCCAGGGCACCGCGUUCUCCUACUCCUCUGCCCUCAACCUCUGCUACGCCAUCCUCUUUGGACGCACAGUGUCCAGUAAGACGCCCAAGUGCCCCACGGGCCGCCUCCUCAUGAACCUAUGGGCCAUCUUCUGCCUGCUCGUGCUGUCCAGCUACACGGCCAACCUGGCCGCCGUCAUGGUCGGGGACAAGACGUUCGAGGAGCUCUCGGGGAUCCACGACCCUAAGCUGCACCACGCGUCCCAGGGCUUCCGCUUCGGAACCAUGUGGGAAAGCAGCGCGGAGGCCUACAUCGAGAAGAGUUUCCUGAAGCUGUACGCACACGUGCGGCGCCACAGUGCGCCCACCACGCCCCACGGCGUCGCCAUGCUGACAAGCGACCCCCCCAAGCUCAAUGCCUUCAUCAUGGACAGGUCGCUCCUGGACUACGAAGUGUCCAUCGACACGGACUGCAGACUGCUGACCCUGGGCAAGACUUUCGCCAUCGAGGGCUAUGGCAUCGGACUCCCCCGGAAUUCGCCGCUCACCUCCAACCUGUCCGAGUUCAUCAGCCCCUACAAGUCCUCCGGCUUCAUCGACCUCCUGCACGACAAGUGGUACAAGAUGGUGCCUUGUGGCAAGCGGGUCUUCGCUGUUACAGAGACCCUCCAGAUGGGCAUCUACCACUUCUCGGGACUCUUCGUGCUGCUCUGCCUGGGCCUGGGCAGUGCUCUGCUCAGCUCGCUGGGGGAGCACGUCUUCUACCGCCUGGCGCUGCCGCGCAUCCGAAGAGGCAACAAGCUGCAGUACUGGCUGCACACGAGCCAGAGAAUCCAUCGCGCCCUCAACACGGAGCCGCCCGACGGGCAGGAGGAGCCGGAGCCGAGGGGUCUCAAGGAGCCUCAGCAGGACACUCUGGCCGCCCCCGCCAGCCCGGGGGGCUGGACACGGGUGCGCUGGGCCUCGGUGAGGGAGCGUCGCACGCACUUCCUGCUGGAGCCGGCCGUGGCCGCCGCCGCUGCCACCACUCCCGUUAAGGAUGCCCCAGACGCGGAUGCGGCUGGGCCGCCCAGGGGCCCCGUCUGGCUCUGCUCCAACGGCCGCCCGCCCGCCGAGCUGUUCUCGGGCGCCCCACGCCCCGGGGAGCUAGAACAGCUGGAGCAGCGCAUCGCAGGCGCACGCGAGAGGCUCCGCCAGGCGCUGGUGCGGCGCGGGCAGCUCCUCGCCCAGCUGGGGGACGGCGCCCGCCAUGGGCCGCGCAGCCGGCUCCAGGCCUCCGAGGAAGCACCCAUGGCCGCCCAGUGACGCGGGACCAGGCCCUCCUCCACCUGCAGCAGGGGCUCCGAGGGGCCUCGCGUGGCCUCCCCACACACACAAACGCUGGCUGGACGCUGUCAACAGUUUAUUCUAUAUACAAACACCAUUUUGUACACUGCAAUUAAAUAGAGUGGAAUGAGCCCUCUGCUCCAUUCCUCACGGUGU